AUGGAUACCUCAAUUUCAUAUUUAAAGAAUUUAUUCCAUUACAAAUUCCCGAAAGAUUUAUUAGAAUCUGAUCCAACAACCGAAUUGUUAGUUAUAAGCAUUCCCAAACCCCACCACCACAAACACAACCAUCAUCACCAUCAUCACCAACAUCAACAACCGGUUACCGAAACCCUAGAAUUCACUCCACAGAAACCAACUGGCAUCGGAGGAAUUGGGUUUGGCGGCACAAUUAACAUCGAUUUCUGUGCUUCCUGCUCUUACAGGGGGACAGCAGUAACCAUGAAGAAAAUGUUGGAGACAGCUUUUCCUGGAAUUGAUGUGAUCCUCGCAAAUUAUCCUCCACCCCUGCCAAAGCGUUUGCUAGCUAAAGUGGUGCCGCUUGUUCAGAUAGGAGUUAUUGGGAUCAUAGUUGCAGGUGAACAUAUUUUUCCCAUGCUGGGGUUCAUGACACCACCUCCUUGGUACUAUUCUUUGCGUGCAAAUAGGUUUGGGUCCAUGGCAUCUACUUGGCUUCUUGGCAAUGUCUUGCAGUCUUUCCUGCAAAGCUCUGGGGCAUUCGAAGUCUUCCUCAAUGGGGAUUUGGUCUUCUCUAAACUGAAGGAGGGCAGGUUUCCGGGUGAAAUUGAGUUAAAAGAUCUAAUUGGCCGAACGUUGGCAAAAUCAAGAGUCAUGGACAGCCUUUGAAACACCUGUGCACCCAAAUUUCACCUGCCAGAAGUGGAUGGUUCGAAGCAGAAGGCAUUGAAGGAGCUUGUUCCUGGUUGCUAUGUCUGUGAUAGCACAAACUUAAGCAAGUAGGUCUCAUAGAUUGUAUGAAAUUUGAAAACCUACUGCAUUUCCGUGGAAAACAGUCUAUAGAGCAUCUUUUCUUUCUAUCCUCACAAGGCUUACGGUCACUAACUUCCCCUGCCUUGAAAUAAUAAGGCAAUGGUGGACCUACUUACUCUUUUCGAUCUUUUACUUUGUUUUGUGUUUCCUGUUAUCAGCAAAGAAAAAGUUUGGUUAAAAA